AUAAGAGCUACACUUAUAUUUCAACCUGUUAGUAUUUAUAUAUUUUAAUAUAAAUAUAUGCUGUGUACGAUUAAUCUAAGUUCAACUAAAGAGUUGUUUUUCUAAGGUGGAACUUUGCAAGGAACCUUUCUGCCGAGGGUGUGCUUUUACCCGGAGCAUUAUCAUAGCCGGACUAAAUACACCACUGCCUGCUAGUUGUAUCCGUUGGCUGAAAAUCACAAUUUAACCACACAAGAGCGCUUCAAUGACUUUCAAGCUGAGCCCAGAGGAAAAGCAUAAGUUAUUAUCUUGUGUUGUGAGUGUGUAAAUCACAGCCAAGAUGGACUGGUGCCGCCUAACUGGAUUUAGCGGGCUCCUAUGCUCCUUGUCUCUGCUCACUGCCAUUCUGGAGCUGCAAGGCGUCUUGGCGGCAACUCGAACUGAGAUAGAGCAUCACUUGGAGAUGGGCCGCCAUCUUCUGGCAGCAGGACAACUGGCUGAAGCUUUGUCCCACUACCACUUUGCUGUGGAGGCUGAUUCCAAUAAUUACCUGACGUUCUACAAGCGUGCUGCAGUAUUCCUUGCCAUGGGCAAGUCCAAAUCUGCUCUCCCGGACCUGACCAGAGCCAUCCAGCUCAAGCCUGACUUCCUUGCGGCCCGGCUGCAAAGAGGGAAUAUCCUGUUAAAGCAAGGGAAUGUGCAGGAGGCCCACCAGGACUUUGAAGCAGUGCUGCAGCGCUCUCCGGAACACCCAGAAGCUCAGGAGCAUCUGAUGAGAGCCAAGGAGCUGGAAAAGCUUCAGGAGGGCGCCCAUGCCACGUACCACCGAGGGGACUACGCUGCCACCGUCUCGGUGCUGGAGCGAGUCAUCGAGAUUGCUCCGUGGGAUCCUGAGUCGCGGGAGCUCCGUGCAGAAUGUUACAUUCGCAUGGGUGACCCACAGAAGGCCAUCCAGGACCUGAUGCCCACCACGAGGUUGCGCAACGACAACCGCGCCGCCUUCCUGAAGCUCAGCAUGCUGCAUUACAGCCAGGGAGACCACCACGAGUCGCUCAACCACAUCCGGGAAUGUCUGAAGCUGGACCAGGACGACAAGGAGUGCCUGAGCCAUUACAAGCAGGUGAAGAAGCUCAGCAAACAGCUGGACUCUGCAGAAGAGCUCAUUCAGGACGACAGAUACCAGGACGCCAUCGACAAGUACGAGACGGUGAUGAAGACGGAACCCCAUGUGCCGCACUACACCAUGCGAGCCAAGGAGAGGAUCUGCUUCUGUCUGCUCAAGCUCAAGUCCGUCAUGGAGGCCAUUGACGUUUGCUCAGAGGCCCACCAGAGGGACCCUCGCAAUGCCAAGGUCCUGCGAGACCGAGCCGAGGCUUUUAUCCUUAACCAGGACUAUGAGAAAGCUGUGGACGACUACCGAGAGGCGCUAGAGUUUGACAGCCACAGUAAUGACAUCAAGGAAGGACUGGAGCGAGCACAGAAGUUGCUGAAGAUGGCCCGCAAGAGGGACUACUACCAGAUCCUGGGAGUGAGCAGGGUCGCCAACAAGCAGCAGAUCAUCAAAGCCUACAGGAAGUUGGCACAGCAGUGGCACCCCGACAACUUCCAGUCAGAGGCUGAGAAGAAGGAAGCAGAGAAGAAGUUCAUCGACAUCGCAUCUGCCAAGGAGGUUCUCACUGAUCCAGAAAUGAGGCAAAUGUUCGACGCAGGCGAGGAUCCGCUGGAUCCAGAGAGCCAGCAGCAGGGCGGAGGAAACAACAACGGACACGCUUGGCCUUUUUCCUUCAACCCCUUUGAGGGUGGCAGCUUCCACUUCAAGUUCCAGUAGACGAGGACGAGGCGUCAGGGUGAGGCUAUCUUUGUUGGAGAGGGGGGGGGGGUAAACUAUGACGCUUCCUUUGACAUACUUAAUCAUUUUGUGCCAUGUUUAGAUUAAGUUUUUGCGUGACUUAAGAGGACUUGAUAUCAUUCAGGGGGAAAGCUGUAGACAUAGUUUUAGUUUUAAGCACUUUUAUUUUGAAAAACUCCACAUUUUAAGAGUUGCUGUUUUCAAAAUAGCAACUACUUGCAAACCAAAAGUGUCUUAAUGUGUUGGAAAAGCAUUCAUCUGAGACAUUGAAUAAUUCACUGCUUGUUAUUUCUACACUGACGUUCAAAGCGUUAUUUAUUUGAUAAAAACAAGUUAUUUAUUUAGACAGUUUUAUUUGUACUGUCGUGGUUUAUGUUGCAGAGGUUCAACUGCAUUAAAAUGCUCAAAUGAUCA